AACUUUGUCCGUUUGGUUGAGUUUCUGAUUAGGAUUUGAGAAAUGGGAAGCCGUCGGGAGGAUCAAGAGCUUUCCUCCGACUCUGAGGUGAUGGCGAGAACCGAGAGGAAAGCUUUCAGCGGUCCUCUCGGCCCGAGUUCCUCCUCCGGGGCUUGGAGGAGGAUUAAGAGCUUGGAUAGGAAGAGGACUAGUACCAGCACCGAAAACGAUGACGACGAGGCUUACGUCGAGAUAACUCUCGACAUCCUCGACGACUCGGUGGCCGUGCACAGUGUUCAGGCCGCCGGAGGUGGUGGCCACGAAGAUCCUCAGCUUGCCUUGCUGGCCAAGAAGACUCUGGAAGGCAAGAAAUCGGCGUCGUUCCGGUCGUCGCUCCUCCGAAGCACGUCGACGCACAUACGGCAGGUCUCGCAGGAGCUGAAGCGUCUGGCUUCAUUCUCGAAGCGAAACUCCGGCGCCGGCAGACGCAUCGACAGGACUAGGUCCGCCACCGCGCAUGCGUUGAAGAGCCUCAAGUUCAUCACCGCCAAGGCCUCUGCCGCCAACGGCUGGGCCUCGGUCGAGAAACGUUUCGACGACCUCACCGCCAACUCCAAUGGCCUCCUCAACUCUUCUCUCUUCGGUGAAUGCAUAGGAAUGAACAAGGAGUCUAAGGAGUUCGCCGGCGAGCUUUUCCGGGCGAUUGCUCGGAGACGCAACAUUAGCGGUGAUGCCAUCAAUAAGGCACAGCUCAGAGAGUUCUGGGAGCAGAUUUCUGACGAAAGCUUCGACUCUAGGCUCCAGACUUUCUUUGACAUGGUGGAUAAAGACGCCGACGGAAGAAUCACAGAAGAAGAAGUCAGAGAGAUUAUUAGUCUCAGUGCUUCUGCGAACAAACUUUCCAACAUUCAGAAGCAAGCUCAGGAAUAUGCAGCGCUCAUUAUGGAAGAGCUUGACCCAGACAAUGUUGGCUACAUUAUGGUUGAAAACUUGGAAACUUUGUUGCUGCAAGCUCCGGUGCACCACUCGGUGACGGUAAGCGACAGCCGAGUUCUGAGUCAGCUACUGAGUCAGAAGCUGAAGCCAACGCAAGAAAACAACCCAAUUAAAAGAUGUUACCAUAAGACUAAGUACUUCUUGUUAGAUAAUUGGAAAAGAGUUUGGGUCUUGAUGCUAUGGAUUAGCAUAGUGUCGGCUUUGUUUGUGUACAAGUUUAUUCAGUACAAGAAUAAGGAAGCAUUUGAAGUGAUGGGGUAUUGUGUUUGCGUCGCCAAAGGUGGAGCAGAGACUUUGAAGUUCAACAUGGCGCUGAUUUUGUUACCGGUUUGUCGAAACACGAUUACUUGGCUGAGAAACAAGACCAAAUUGGGGGUGGUAGUCCCGUUCGAUGAUAAUCUGAACUUUCAUAAGGUGAUUGCAGUAGGAAUAAUCGUCGGGGUUGGAUUACACGCCGGAGCACAUUUGACGUGUGAUUUUCCGAGGCUGAUUCAUGCCACGGAAGAACAGUACGAGAGCAUGAUACCCUACUUCGGUGAAGACCAGCCUGACAAUUAUUGGUGGUUUGUGAAGGGGGUGGAAGGAUUGACUGGGAUUGGGAUGGUGGUGUUGAUGACCAUAGCAUUCACUUUGGCCACUCCUUGGUUUAGAAGAAACAAGUUAAACUUGCCAAAGCCGCUGAAGAAACUCACAGGUUUCAAUGCCUUUUGGUAUUCACACCAUCUAUUUGUUAUAGUCUACGCUCUCCUCAUACUCCAUGGCAUUAGACUCUACCUCACUAAGAAAUGGUACUACAAAACGACAUGGAUGUAUUUGGCAGUGCCGGUUUUCCUCUACGCUUGUGAAAGGCUGAUCAGGUUUUUCAGAUCAAGCAUCAAGCCAGUUAAGAUUCUUAAGGUUGCUGUUUAUCCGGGGAAUGUGCUUGCAUUGCACAUGUCUAAGCCGCAAGGCUUCAAAUACAAGAGCGGGCAGUACAUGUUCGUCAACUGCGCCGCAGUUUCUCCAUUCGAAUGGCAUCCAUUUUCGAUUACCUCUGCACCGGGAGAUGACUACCUAAGCGUCCACAUUCGAACACUCGGGGAUUGGACUCGGCAGCUCAAGACCGUUUUCUCAUCGGUAUGUCAGCCUUCAGCUGCUGGUAAAAGCGGGUUACUCAGAGCUGACAUGCAAGAAGAAAAUAACCCCAGCUUUCCCAAGAUCCUAAUCGACGGUCCAUACGGAGCACCAGCACAAGACUACAAGAAGUACGACGUCGUGUUGCUGGUCGGCCUCGGAAUCGGGGCCACGCCCAUGGUUAGCAUUGUGAAAGACAUCAUCAACAACAUGAAUUCCUUGAAGAACAAGGAACUAGACGAGUACGCAGUUUUGGACGAUGUACUGGAGAGUGGGAGGGCUGGUAAUAAUACUAACAACAGCAGCAGCAGUAAUGGCAAGAGCAACAAGAGCAAUAAAGGGUUCAGGACCCAGAAAGCUUAUUACUAUUGGGUGACGAGGGAACAAGGCUCGUUUGAAUGGUUCAAAGGGAUCCUCAAUGAGGUGGCUGAGAUGGAUGAAAAGGGUGUGAUUGAGUUGCAUAACUACUGCACCAGUGUGUACGAGGAAGGUGACGCUAGGUCAGCACUGAUAGCCAUGCUUCAGAAUCUCCACCAUGCCAAGAAUGGCGUAGAUGUAGUCUCAGGGACGCGCGUCAAAUCCCAUUUCGCCAAACCCAAUUGGCGCCAAGUCUACAAGAAGAUCGCACUGCAUCAUCCUGAUAGCCGAGUCGGUGUGUUUUACUGUGGGGCACCGGCACUAACAAAGGAGCUGAAGCAAUUGGCGCUGGACUUUUCUCACAGGACCUCCACCAAGUUCGAGUUUCACAAAGAGAAUUUCUAGACGAGCUAGUAUUAGAUGAUGAGGUUUUGUAUAUGCUUAGAUGACCUAAUGCCUAUGUAACUGAAUCAAACAGUUUGGUUUUGGAUAGAGAUUAAGGAUUAUUUAGAUUAGGGGGGGGGGGGGGAGAUUCUUUGUAAAUUGUAUUGCAGCCAAAGUGGGAAAUAAAAGGACCACUCCCCUACUAGGUGGUGGGUGAGUGCCUGCCCACGAGUAGUACCAUAAUUUGAGGAAGAAGUUUGAGGAAAGUGGCCAAGAAGGAACGGACCCGCCGCAGAGAGUGACCACCAAAUAAUGGAGAUAUGGUGAUGCUGUGUCAUCUUGAAAUAUCUGUAUAUCACCACACCAGCAGCCACAGCAAGAUAAUGUACCCAAUUGCAU